AUAAAGGGAUACAUAUCAUCGUCUUCGUCUCUUGCCGUUGACGUUGACUAGUUUAAGUCUCGCAAAAACCAUUCUCUUUCUCUGUAAUCUCUUCUAAACUCCUCUCCCUCUCUCUGGUCGUGAUGUCCAUAUCCAAAGACGAAACUAUGCUAGCUCCACCUCCAUCUUUCGAUCCCACUAAGCCAUCCAGACCAAUCUCAUUUCCAAUCAAAACACUCCAAGACUUGGCUUCUCGGUCUUACUUCGACUCCUUUCACUUCCCCUUUAACCGCUCCUCCGUCCCUCUCCGACAGAACAUCGGUUCCUUGCCUGACCGAUCCAGGCUUCUUGUUUGUCACGACAUGAAAGGAGGGUACGUUGACGACAAGUGGGUACAAGGGUGUGGAAACAACAAAGGUUUCGCGAUCUGGAACUGGUACUUGAUGGACGUUUUUGUCUACUUCGCUCACUCUCUCGUCACUCUUCCUCCUCCUUGCUGGACCAACACUGCUCACAGACACGGUGUCAAGGUACUGGGGACUUUCAUCACAGAAUGGGACGAAGGUAAAGCUACGUGCAAGGAGUUGUUGGCGACUAAGGAGUCUGCGCAGAUGUAUGCAGAGCGCUUAGCAGAGCUUGCUGCUGGUCUAGGCUUUGAUGGGUGGCUGAUUAAUAUAGAGAAUGUAAUAGAUCAAGUCCAGAUUCCAAAUUUGAAGACUUUUGUAAGCCAUCUUACAAAAGCCAUGCAUUCAUCUGUACCCGGGAGUUUAGUUAUAUGGUAUGAUAGUGUCACUGUUAAGGGCAGCCUUGCUUGGCAAGAUCAGUUGAAUGAAAUGAACAAACCUUUCUUUGAUAUAUGUGAUGGAAUAUUCAUGAACUAUACAUGGAAGGAAAACUACCCCAAAGAAUCAGCCAAAAUUGCUGGUGACAGAAAACAUGAUGUCUACAUGGGGAUAGAUGUGUUUGGUAGGGGCACUUUCGGUGGUGGCCAGUGGAAGGCAAAUGUUGCACUUGAUUUGCUGAAGAGCAGCGAUGUAUCAGCUGCACUAUUUGCUCCUGGAUGGGUGUAUGAGACCGAUCAACCACCAGAUUAUCAUACCGCACAAAACAAAUGGUGGUCACUUGUUGAGAAGUCAUGGGGAAUAGUUCAAACAUAUCCACAAUCCUUACCCUUAUACUCAGAUUUCAAUCAGGGACUUGGUUCUCAUGUUUCUCUCCAAGGUCAGAAACUAUCAGAUGCUCCCUGGUACAACAUUUCUUGCCAAAGUCUGCAGCCACUCUUAGAAUUCAAUGAAGGAAACAAGUCAGAGACCAUGCAGGUCACUGUUGAUGGUAGAGAAGCAUCAUAUAACGGAGGAGGGAACAUUAGUUUCAAAGGAACACUAAAGAGAAAUGCACAUCACACAACAAGACUAUUCAAACCUAACCUUCAGCUUUCUGGUUCUCACAUCUCUGUCUCCUACUCUGUGAAAUCAGAUGAAAGAUCUAUGCUAGGCCUUCUCCUCCGUUUUUCAACUCCUUCACAGGAGACAAAGUCCUUAGUCAUGGCUCCAAAUGAAUACAUGCACAGAUUUGGUGACAUGUUCCUGCCAUGCCUAAGAAGGACCACAUCGGACUGGACAGUGCACGAAGCAAACCUUCUUAUGGAUGGACACACACUGACUGAGAUCUCUGCCUUGUGCUACGGUCCAGAUGAUCUUGCAGAAGAAACAAACACACAAGGAUACUCUGCAUUGCUUGGCCAUAUCUCUAUCAAGUCCCAGCAGAAAACCAAACUCUUCCCCCCAGCGUCAGCAUGGGUUGUCGAGGCUCAUAACAUAGAGAUUGUACCGGGUGAUUCUGGCUCCAGGACUGUAAGUUGUAAGCUGCAAUGGAGGUUGAAGCAUCCUGAGGAGGAUUCUGUGUUUACAAGGUACAAUGUGUAUGCGGAGAAGCUGAAUUCAAGUGAUUACAAGUCAAGGAAGGUUAUGGAAGAACCGAGAAGCGAGGAAAAUUUUCUUGGGACGGCUCAUGUUGAUGCUUAUUAUGUUUCUGAUAUGGUGGUUGGACCAGAUGUGAAGAAAGUCAGGUUUGUGAUUCAGACCUGGGAUGAAGAUGGUUCAUGGCAGGAGCUGGAUACUUCCCCAAGCGUUCUCGUUGAGGCAGAACGUCUCAGUUCAAAGCUUUGUUGCUGUGGGUUGAUUUGAUCAAUGGUCCAUUUUCUGAACUUAUAACUCCUGUGAUAAUAAAGAGGACUAAUGCAUGGUCUAGUCACUGGUCAGCAUAUGACCCAUAUGAUUAUAUGAUUAUGAAGAAAUAAUUUAAUGAAUAAAAGAAAAUGAUGCAUUGUAUCU